AUGAAGGUUGUGACAUUUCAUAGUGCUUCGUGCCCAGAAGGAAAGCAUGGAAAGCCGAUCCGGAAGGUAGGGAGUAGCUUCACUGUGAUCGUUGGCAGAACACAACUUGUAUGGCCCGCAGGAGACGAGCGAGGCGAGACCUCGCUGGACUUAACCGCCUGCCCGCCGCGGCCCGCCUUCCCAACCUGUUCGCCAACCUCUGCCGCCGUUCGCUUUCGCCCUUGCGACGGCCGCGCCCGCACCUGCACCGCCUCGCCCGGCGCCUGCCUGCUGCCGCCGCCUGCCCGCCCGCCCGCUGCCCUGGCUAAUCGAACAUAUCCAGGCCGUUAUCCAAGGACGCCGCUGAGAAGGCCGGCGCAGCGCCAUGGAAAACGUUGCGUGCCUGGCGUUGACGUGCGCGUGCUUGGUGUGGUGUUGCAGCGCAGCGGGCGGGGCGUGCUGGGCAGCGUGUGCGGGCUGGCGCUGGCGCUGUGCGCACUGCUGCUGCUGCGCCUGCACCUCAUGGGGCUGCGCGCGCCGGGCUUCUCCAAGGCGGACAACCCGGCGGCGCGCAGCCCGUCGCUGCUGACGCGCGCGCUCACCUUCGCCUACCUGCCGGCCUUCAACGCGGGCCUGCUGCUGUGGCCGCGCUGGCUCAGCUUCGACUGGGGCAUGGACGCCAUCCCGCGGGUCGCGUCCGUCUUCGACCCGCGCAGCGCCGUCGCGCUGCUCUUCUACGUCGUGCUGUACCGCGCCGCGCGCGCCGCCUUCGCGCGCGUGAGCUCCAACAACAACAACAGCAUCUCGGCGCUGGGCGCCGCCCUCCCGUGCAGCUGCGCCGGCGGCAGCCCCUUCUCCUCGUCCGCCUCCUCCUCCUCGUCCUCCUCCUCGUCCUCCUCCUCCGCCUCCUCCUGCUCCUCCGCCUCUUCCUGCUCGUCGGCGUCGUCGUCCGCCUCGGACGUGCGGAGCGCGCCGAGGCACCGACGCUUCAACGUGGCCGCCGUCACCAGAAGCCAGUUCACAAGUGCCCAAAUAUUAUUAAUCUCGCUUUCGUUUCUAGCCAUUCCCUUUCUACCGGCCACAAAUUUAUUCUUUUACGUCGGCUUCGUGGUGGCCGAGCGCGUGUUGUACAUUCCUAGUGUGGGUUACUGUUUAAUCGUCGGCUUAGGCUGCCAUGUGCUACAAUCAAAGACCAAUAGGAAAAUAGUGUUAGUGUGUGUUGCUGUGCUGUUGGUCGCCUUCAGCGUGAGGACUAUCCAGAGGAACAGGGAUUGGCUGGACGAGGAGAGCCUGUACCGCGCCGGAGUGCCCAUCAACCCGCCCAAAGUACUUAUCUCAAAGUCAUAA